AUGUCGACCGAAGAGACAGCCUCUGGAAAUCAGGCCAUGUGUUCUUUUAUCUUGGAUUUACAAUUGGUGGUCCUGUUGCUUACAGCAUUCACAGAAGAACUGAGGGGCCGCCUGAGAAACAUCUUGAAGCUUCUGGCAAUGAAAUGCCUACAGUCUGAAAGCGGGAAAUAUGAAUGCAGUGAGUCUGCCUUGCGUUGGGUUUGUAAGGAAAGAGUCUGCUUCAGAUUCCAGUUCAGCUCAUGGGAACGAUUCAUGAAGAAGCUUGUAUGCAUGGAAUACAUACCAGCAGGACCCCUAAUGGACAUCAAAGUCACAGAUGGGAAUAUAGAAGAGGUCUCUCUGCCACACUGGAUCUAUAUAGGUAAAAAUGCUGCAUUGUCAGACUUAUUUAGAGUUCUGCAUGUGGACAGUUGUGGAGAAUUUUUGGAGCAAGUGUCUGAAGUGACAUCAUCCCAUGUGAAGUUAAAGAAUCCAAACUUCUCUCCAAGAGGAGCCAUGUUCCUAAAGAAACUGGGCAUCUCUGUAAAGAUUUUUGCAGAUGUGUUAAUAUACAUGAGAGUAAGAACUGGCCUCACGCUGCAUGUUUACCUGGUCCCAUGUGAUCCUUCAUUACAACAGGGAGUAGAGAAAGAAGAGAAAUCUGAUGGAUUUAGAAAAAUCAGAAAGCCAAGUCCUACAAAGCCUUUACAGCUGGACAGUAAUUUCUACCUGUCAACGGACUCAGACACAGCAGAAAUCUGCCCAGAUAAACGACAACUCACAUUAGAGUGGAGCAACAAUAAUUUCUUUGAGGUGGUCAUUAGAAAUUACACAAGUGACUUCAGGAACUUGACACUAAAACUUGAAUGUGAAAAAAAGAAAAGGAAAGAAAAGGCCACCAGCUGGACAUGCACUAUUGGAACAGAUGACUAUCAAAACCAAAGCAGUCACCAGGAAGAGGGUAAGCAUUUUGUAGAUCGCCAUCGAACAGCUCUGAUUAACAACGUGAGUGAAACAAAAGCCAUUCUGGACAAUCUCCUUCAAAAGGACUUGAUCUCGUAUGAGUGCUAUAAUGCAGCGAGUGGUUUAAAUACAACACAAGAUCAAAUGAGAAAAAUUUUUCAGUCCGUGACGACAAAUGUAGGCAAAGAAGCCCUAUAUAAAAUUUUGAAAGAGAUGAAAUCUCUAAAGCAUCUCAUGUCUGAGCUUGAAGGAUCUCAGUGAAAGAAUAUUGUUGGCCUCUGAUAGAGUAUAAAGAGUCUGGUUUUUCAUGACUGUGACAAAUGCUGUUGCUGGAACCAAACUGUACAUCUGAUUAACCCACAGCCUUCUCCAUGCCUUAUGUGUAAGGAGGACAUCUUGAACAUUGAUAUCAAUUAAUUUUCAUCUAUUUAGUGGCAAAAAAAAUGUUAAAUGUAAAACAGUUUUGUUUUCUCAACCACAUAAUUGUUUUUGUAAAGUCAUAAAAUGUGCCAUUUUGAAUAUGUUAUCUUUUUUAUCUUUUGUAAUUGUAUGUGCUUUAUGUUUUCUGCAAGAUGAGAUACAGAAGUGAAUGAAGUGAAUGUUUUUUUCAGAACAUAACCAAAUAUAAUAUUUGCAUAUUUAAUUUAAAAUACCUAAUUAUUAUAAUUCAACUUGUAUGUCAGUCACAGAAUGCAAACAAACUUUUUCAUUUCUAAGUAAAAAGUAUAUAUUGAAAUGUAUGAAGUUUAUAAUGAAAGGAAAUUAUGAAAACAUCUUAAGUUGGAAAAAUGUGUGUUUUUCUGAAGGCUACACCUUUUCAUUGGUUUUCAUUUUUAUUUGCAGUAGAAUGAAAAUGAAGAGUUUUAACCUUAUAUGUAGUCAGCCUAAUUGAAACCAUAAAUGUACAGCUCACUAAGCAGUAGGGUUUGCAGUAUAUCACUUUUUUUUCAAUUCAACUCAGUUUUAUUUAUAUAGGAAGAAAAAUCAGAACUAGGCUCAAGGAGGUGCAGCCAUCUGGCAUGACCAGUCGGAUGUGCGGUGAAUGUGAAGUGUGAAAAGGAGAACAUAGGGUGACAGGACAAAACAGAGACUGGAGGAGAAAUGUAAUGGCACACAAAAAUGAUUUGGUGUGUUUAAGGAUUAAUUUUAUCUGUCAACCACACCCAUCAAACCCAGGGGGCAGGCUUAACACUGAUCGAGUCAAAAUCAUUGCUCACCUCACAAGUUGUGAAUGGUCGGAGCUCAUAUACCACCAACAACGGACAUUUACAUAGGUUGCAUAACCCCCACCUCUCGGAGUUUAAACAGCUGAGGUAGCUGUAGCUCAGGAGAUAGAGCAGGUAACCUACUAGUCAUCUCCCAAUAGGAAGGUUAGUAGGUUCGGAAGGUUCGAUCCCUAGCUGAAUCUGUCAUGCCAACUAUCCUAUUGUGGUGGAUUUUUGUAUGACAUGAAUACCUAUAUAUCUAUCUGCACUGAAUAUACUGUAACUUUCACUCAGAGUUUUAGGCACGUGGUGUUUUGCACACAUGCACACACAAUAAAUGUUUUUCAUGCAGCACAUUCAUGAGACACAUCUCUUAAAAAUAGUAACAUGGUAACAGGGAUACUGAAAACAACAUAAUGAAAUCACUGUCAUGUACACACACACUAUAAACCUACACUGGAGUGUCUAUUUUUAUGUAAUGCAUUUAACCCAUAUAUUUGAUGUAGUUAGGUCAAGUAUUAUUCACAUGUCAAGUAUAUCAUAAGAUUAUCACAAAAAAGUAUGCUAUUUGUUGUACUAAUGUGUGA